AUCAAUUUUAUCGACAUGCGGGUAGACGGGAUACAGUGGAUCAUCUUUUCAUAAUUAUUAUAAAAGAUUGUUCGCGAAUCUAGAAAAAAAUCGUCACUUUUGGUAUAAGUUUUACCAUGAAUCUACGAAAUGAAAUGUUGAACGUUUUGCUGCUUUCUAUUUUUGCAAAUGUUUAUUGUUUUAAAUUUAAGAAGAAUAGCUUAAAUAUCAAAUAUGGAAUAACUAAUUUCAAAUCUUGUGCAGUUAUUCCGACAAGUUUUAACAUUCUGAAGGUAACUAAUUUAUCUUUAAAUGACUGCGUGUCCAGUUGUGUAUUUCGGUCGGCAUGCACAGGACUUAAUUACAGAAAGAGGUUUUUAUUAUGCGAGUUAUAUAAUGGAGAACUUACGCAGGAAUAUUUUGCCGACUGUGUAAAUAUAAAGCGAAGUGACAUCGAAGCUACGGAUGAGAGUCAGAUCAUUGCCGACGCCGACAUUCAAAUUUGUGAGGAUGAUUUCACAUGUUCAGCUCAAGAAUGUCCUUAUGUGGAAGUAGUUGGCGGAAAGGUUUGGGGUAAUAUGAAUUCAUUCGGAAGUCUUCGAACAUUUGAAUGUAAUGACGGAUAUAAUUUGUUUGGACAUAAUUCAAUCAAAUGUAUGACAAACAAAACUUGGAUCCCUUAUCCCGUAUGCUGGAAAGAAUGUAGUGCGCCUAUCUUACAAAAUUGUGAGAUUGAGACAGCGUCCAAUGGACAGCAGCCGACAAACGCCACAGUGACAUGCCAUGAAGGCUAUGCCUCUACUAGAACUAGUGAUGUUAGUUCUGCUAUAACUGAAGAAAUCAUAACAUGUGACAAAAGUGGUGUUUGGAUGCCAAGUAUUGAUUGCACUUUUGUAAUCAGCGACGUUAACAAAGCUUGGCUGAAACCGGCUACACAGAGCUCUACCUACAGGGGCUAUGGAGCUAACCGGGCAACAGAUGGAAUAUGGAUAUCGGACUUUUUUACUAACCCAUGUUCUCACACAAAUUCGCAUGUAGAACAAACCGCUUGGUGGGAAGUUGACCUGCAACAGGUUUAUUCCAUACGGAGAAUAAAAAUAAGAAAUAGGAAAAGUGCAUAUUUCUCUAAAAGACUAUACAACGUCACUGUGAGUGUAGGAAUGAACCCAGCACCAACAGAAUUUUGCGCGUUCUAUCUCGGCGAUAAUCCGCCGAUUGAGCGGAUCGAACUUAAUUGCAACAGUGUCAUGCAAGGUCGCUAUGUGCGGUUAACAAAACCGAAUACUAAAUACAACGGUGAUAACCUUGCUCUUUGCGAGGUUGGGGUCUAUGAGACAUAAGAUCCGGAAUUUUCAACGCAUUAAAUUGUGUACAAUAUAGAUUUGUUUCCAAAUACUUAGAAACUUUGACUUUGAUUUAUAUUUGAUGUAAUAAAAUUCGUAUUACAUGGUAAGUUUUGAGAAUGGGUGCAAACUGAGUUUUGAGACAAGUUUAAGUCUGAUUUCACCGUGCUAUUUUGUCAAAGCAUUUACAGCCGUUACAAUUCAUUAUGACGCAGAUGUAAAUAUUCUUUUUUGUAUAAAAUUUGGGAUUAAAGAUGACCAAUUAUUGUCAAGAUAUAUUCGGCAUUGGUAUAUCUUUAUGCUUUUCUCUUUUAUAUAGAAAUGCUUAGACGUUAGAUUCUAGUGUUCAAUUGAAUUAUAGAGCUUGCCGAGAGGCCAAACUGAAAAAUAUGUGAUGCACAUGUUGCUGUUCCUGGCAGCUUGCAGUGUUCAUAGAUAGAUAAAGAAUUAAACAGAUUGGUAUAGAAUAAUUUUUUUCCAUUCUUAGAAAUAUUUCUAGAAACACUAUUUAUGCUUAAAUAUAAAUAUGUCUAGAAACACCGGUAAGCUUAGUAAUUUAAACUUUGUUGAACAUCAAUUAAUGUGUAUUACACGUUUUAUAUUUUAUGCAAUACACAAAGCAUUCAUCUGUGUAUCAGCCAUCUAGUGAAUCCAUUUUAAUUAACUAUGGAUGAAAGAAGCCUGUAAGUGGAGUUUAAAUUUUGAAUGCAUCAAAACACGUAAAAUUGUAUUCUUCAUAGGUUUCACUGACCUUUUAUCUGGUUCCCUAAAUAUAUUCACCUCCAACAGAUGAACAAAGUUUCAAUAAUUUUCAUAGUCUUUUAAGGUAUAAAGAUAGUUAUAUAUAUUGUACAACAUAAAAUUCUAAAUGCAUUCAUAUUUAAAGAUAUACUAUGCUCAUAUUUGGGUAAAAUAUUUUUAUCGCAGAAAUGUAUUAAAAUCCAUGAAAUCCUUACUGAAUAUGUGUAAUUUGAAUAAAAAAUGAAUAAACUAUGUAUUGGAAGCUGUAUUCCCUAUUACAGGUCAAGUAAAGUUGGUCUUUUCUUUAAAAAAAACUGCCAGUUCUUUUAAUGACACUAUAUAUUUAUAUUGUGACCACCUAUAGUGUGUAGAGUUCAAAACAUAACUUAUCUACUUUAAAUGAAGUCGAAACAUGUUUAUUUUAUACAUACAAAGAGACUGUGUAGCAAUUAUCAAUACUUUCAAAAAAUUAAUUUGAGCAUAGUAUAUCUUUAAGAACUACUUGUAUAAUCGUGCUGUUUUUAUAUAUUUUGA